AUGGCCAACCGUACGGGGGAGUUGGAGCCCGUGGAAUGCCUUGUUUGUGCGACGGCUUGUGAGGCGAUAGCCGUCUUCAACUGUGGACACUACGUGUGCUACGUCUGUGGGCUGCACAUUCACUCCAUUGAUCAUGGUGCGUGUCCAGUUUGCCGUGAAAAGGGUGAGACAGUUAUUGUGACUCGCACUCUGCCAGGCGAGAACGACGAUGAGGACAAGUUCAGCACGGCAUCGGUCCAGGCCAUGGAGGAUGUGUCUGUGUUCGACACGCAAUUGCAGUGCUUUGUGCAGGGUAACAGCUUGGCGACUGAGAUGAGCAAAAUGUACGAGUGUGUGUGUCCUGUGCCCAAGUGCUGGCGUAGGGGCGUGCAGGAGCCCUUCUGUGAGCUGUAUCCUCUGCGGGAGCACCUUAGGAUUGAGCACAGGAUGGAGUACUGCGGUAUCUGUCUGCAACAUCGAUCUGUGUUCCUGUGCGAACAACAGGUGUACUCGCGGGAGACGUUGCAGCUGCACAUGGAUGGGGUGUGCCCACACGAUGCCCCCGCGUUUUUGGGGCACCCGUUUUGCAGAUUUUGCGCCAAGUCACGUUUCUACGACGAGGAUCACCUUCUUGAGCACAUGAAGCACCAUCACUUUACGUGUGACGUGUGCAACCGUAGCGAGUUCCUCUUCAGGUACUAUGAAAAUCGUCAAAAACUGCUUCAACAUUUUGAGCAAGCGCAUCAGUUGUGCGAUCAUCCCGCCUGUGCGUCACUCGAUCCAAUGAUGAGGGUGUUCGCCUCGGACUUGGAACUGGCGCUUCACAAGCAACGCGUGCACGGGGUGCGUUCGCGGGUGGCUCUGUUCAUGGCAGAUAACUCUUCCGCAAACCCCAGCAGCAGCCCGCCCACAACAACGUCCCCCGCAACGAGGGGCAACGCAAAUGUCAUAAGCAUUACCUUUGAUCACGUGCAUCGGCAGGAUACGGUGAAGCUGAUGCAAAAAUGCGCACAUAGCGGCGGCGGUGUCAGUGCGGGUGGGCCCAAAGGGAAAAGAAAAGGAGGUGACAAAAUUCGUAUGGGCUGGGUCCGGGGCGACGCGCCUGGAUUGCCGCUGCAUUUUCGGAUUCGCGGUGUGUUGAGCCCUCUCAUGCGUAGAGGCCGUGAAAGGGCGGCGGAGCCACACUCCGCAUUAGCUUCGGGUGCCUUUGGCGUGUCAGAGAGUGCUGAGACGUACAACUCGAAGAAUAAAGUGCCACUGGACCGCAACGAACUUCAGUGUGCCUUGGAUGCCGCUCUGCGAGAAGAACUGCCUGAGUUGCAUCAAAUGCAAGACUUUCGGGCGUGUACGGCGGAGUUCAUGAGUGGAAGGAUGUUGACCAUGCGAUACUACAACUGCCUGCGCACCGAGUUCUUCCCGUCCGAGGGGGCCUUUCAGAAGGUGUUCCCUCUGCUUGUUGCCACCGUCCCUCUCCCGGAAAGACGCGAUGCGCUUGUGCAGAUUGAGAAGAUGCGACACGCACCGGAGGUGCUACAUGCCCAGCGGAUGCAGGAGGAGGACGCGAAGAAGAAAAGGGAUGCUGAGAAGUGGCAGAAGCAGUAUGAGCUCUUGGCACGCAUUGAGCAGAAGUCAAACCGGCGCAAGGGAAACGUCGCCGGCGGACACAACGUCUGGCUGGAGAGAGGUUCGGCCGCUCUUCUUAGCCGGGCGCACGAGCAGCAGUCCGAGGCGCAACCGCAGGAGCAGCAGAGGAGGUCACAACAGCCCUCGCGGGGCAACAACAACAAUAACGGCAGUACUCGCCCUUCUUCUGCGCAGGCCUCUCUUCCCGCGACGGCACAUUGGGGCACAACACAUGAGCAACAGCAGCUUCGGCCUUCGUUGCUUCCCACAGGAACAGGAUAUUACCAAGACCCGGAUGAUUUUCCGGAGCUGCCCACAACAAACCCACGUCUGGCAUGGGGACGGUCACAAGCGAAGCGGUCUCAGCGGCCGAAUGCGUGGAACUGCAAAAGGAUCUAA